AAGACCUAGAACAGGCCUGGAGAUUAAUUUAAAUAAUAAUUGCAAUUUAAAUCAAAAUUUAAAAUUUCUCAGCUCUUUUAAAAAAUUAAAUAGUUUAAUAAAAUCGAAUGACUAUUGAGGAGAUAGAAUAUCAGAAAAGAGUGAAAAAUGCUAUUAUCGUUUAUUAUAUUCAAAUAGCUUGUUUUGUCUGACCAACAGUCAAAAAAUACAAAGAUGUUGACUUUACUGUGAGAAAACUGGGAAACUAGCAAUGUCUCACAUUUGCGAAGCUGGUACCAGUAUUUUUUUUCAAUAUUUUGGCUUAAAAAGUCAAAAUUGUUGUCUAAUGUUUAUCAACUAAUUCAAUUAAUCAAUUUCUCCCCUGGAAGUAAAUAAAGUAUUCUGAUUCAGAUUCUUUAUUCCUUCUGAUUUUUUGGAACAGUUUGGUGUCUGGGUGACUGGGGAAACAAUGACCACCACGUAUAUUGGGGGUCAAUAGGGGCAAAGCAACAAGUUUUUGCCCCUGUGGUAGGAGGAGGAGGAAGUUAAUCCAGUCAUGAAAACAAAUCAGAGUAAAAACCAAUGUCAGUGGAAUUUAAUAAUCCGCACGGUCGACCUUAAAAUCAAAAACUACCAGUCUACCUUUAAAAUUAAAACUGAGGGGGCUCGGUCAAAGUUUUCUAGUGACGUAUCCAUCACUGAUUGGCUACAUUUUCGGGGUAUGCAGAUGAGGGUGGGGGGUGGGCUUGUAGAGACGAGUAGGUGACGUCAGUUCCCCCGUUCGCAGAGAGCGAAACAAACAUGGCGAUAGAUGUAACUGGACGGGGGUUUACGCUAACUUUAUUCGUCUUUUUUUGUAUUUUUGCGGGCAGUCAGGCCGAGGCGGGGGUUUCGGAGUCGAGAAGCGUCACCAGGAUACUCGGCAUGAGGCUCGAGAGGAGCGACAGACCGGCGGAGACCACCGAGAGAGGGGUUAUUCAGGUGACCGAGGGCAGCGACAUCCUCUUCAGGUUCUACGGGCUCCACUUGUUCCCAAACAGCUCGACGCUCAUCAGGUUCACGGAACUGUACUCCAGUGAUAAAGAGGACGAUGCUCUCGACGCUAUCAUGGUCUCCUCCAAUAGGACUUGUCCCGAACACACGAAGGAUAUAGUAGUGAAGCCACCCAUGGAGGUAAGCAACCAAAACACCUCUGGGGUUGUCAGCAUCCGGAUAAAGCAGCUCCGCAAGAGCGAGGUGGUGAAGGUGUUCGGCUUGUGCGUCCGCGACACCCAGGAGGAGGAGGAGAAGUGGUACCUGCUGGACGAUAAGGACGGCAAACUGCGGGUGGUGGAGGAGAAGAAGUCCCUGCUGCCCAUCUGGCUGCAGGUGAUCCUCAUCUCCUUCCUGCUGGUGCUGUCCGGCAUGUUCAGCGGGCUCAACCUGGGGCUGAUGGCGCUGGACCCGAUGGAGCUCCGCAUCGUGCAGAGCUGCGGCACCGAGAAGGAGAAGAAGUACGCGCGGAAGAUCGAGCCCAUCCGCAGGAAGGGAAACUACCUGCUGUGCUCGCUGCUUCUCGGCAACGUCCUGGUCAACACCACCCUCACCAUCCUUCUGGACGACCUCACCAACUCCGGUGUCGGCGCUGUGGUCGCCUCCACCAUUGGUAUCGUUAUUUUCGGCGAGAUCGUCCCCCAGGCGCUGUGCUCUCGGCACGGUCUGGCAGUCGGGGCGAACACCAUCCUGGUCACCAAGUUGUUCAUGCUGUUAACUUUCCCUCUGUCGUGGCCCAUCAGCAAGAUCCUGGACUGCGUCCUCGGCCAGGAGAUCGGCACCGUGUACAACCGGGAGAAGCUGGUGGAGAUGCUGAAAGUCACCGAGCCCUACAACGACCUGGUGAAAGAGGAGCUCAACAUGAUCCAAGGCGCGCUGGAGCUCAGGACCAAAACAGUGGAGGAUGUCAUGACUCCACUCAGCAACUGUUUCAUGAUCCACAGCGACGCCGUGUUGGACUUCAACACCAUGUCCGAGAUCAUGGAGAGCGGAUACACGAGGAUACCCGUGUACGAGGACGAGCGGUCCAACAUCGUGGACAUCCUGUUCGUCAAGGACCUGGCCUUCGUGGACCCGGACGACUGCACAACCCUGAAGACCAUCACCAAGUUCUACAACCAUCCGGUCCACUUUGUCUUCCAUGACACCAAGCUGGACUCCAUGCUGGAGGAGUUCAAGAAAGGAAAAUCCCACCUGGCCAUUGUGCAGAAGGUGAACAAUGAGGGGGAGGGAGAUCCUUUCUACGAAGUGUUAGGGUUGGUCACCCUUGAGGACGUGAUCGAGGAGAUAAUUAAAUCAGAGAUUCUGGAUGAAUCGGACCUUUACACUGACAACCGCAACAGGAAAAAGGUAGCGCCCAAUAAAAACAAGAGAGACUUCUCAGCCUUCAAACACGAGAGCGAAUCAAAAGUGAAGAUCUCUCCUCAGCUGCUGCUCGCUGCCCAUCGUUUCCUGGCCACAGAGGUGAGCUUGUUCAGCCCGUCUCAGA